AUGAAGAAGCAGAAGUCCAAGACAGAGAUUUCCGCCCCGAAACAAAAUAAAAGGCAGCCCGCCAAAGCCCAAUCGCCAGCACCAGCAGAACCAUCGUACGAAGAUAAUGACGGCGCAGGAAGCGAAGGUAUUGAAAAGGAUGAAGGUGAAAGUGACGAGGAGGACGACGACGGCGUUGAAGAGGAAGGAAUACAAAAGCUGAUGGAACUUCUUGGAGAAGAUGGUCUCGCCGAGCUCAACGAAUUCGACGAGAGCUCAGACGGUGGCAGUGAUGAGGAGGUUGAAGAGGAAGAGGAAGAAGAAACUGAGGAACGGAGCGGAGCGGAGCCAGAUAGUUCAGAAGAUGAAGAAGAGGAGAUUGCACUUGAUGAUCUCGAAGAUGGACAUAUUGACGAAGAUGUGGUCCCAAAACAAAAAGUCGAAAUCGACAACACCGUUGCUCUUCGUCGCAUACGAGAGACAAUUCAACUCGACCCAUCAUUACCAUGGACAGAUACCCUCGUUAUAUCGUACCCUCAAGAAAUUGAAGUCGAUGUAGAUGACGACCUCAAUCGCGAACUUGCAUUCUAUAAGCAAGCCCUACAUGCUGCCAAUACUGCCCGCACGCUUGCUGCCUCUCAUUCUCUGCCGUUUACGCGCCCCUCAGACUAUUUUGCAGAGAUGGUCAAGUCCGAUUCGCACAUGGAACGUCUUCGCUCGCGCUUACUCGAUGAACGUGCCGGGAUCAAGAAGUCUGAAGAAAAGAGAAGAGAAAGAGAGGGGAAGAAGUUUGGCAAGCAGGUGCAGAUGGAGAAGCUGAAGGAGAGAGAACGUAGUAAAAAGGACAUGGAGGAGCGACUCAAGGGACUCAAAAGAAAACGCAAAGGCGCCCUCGAAAAUGCUGAGGCGGAUGGUGCAGAUGCUGAUGCAUUUGAUAUCGCAGUUGAAGAUGCCAUUGCUGACAGACCUGCUAAGCACGCCAAAGGUCCGGGCGGGAAGAAAAUGGCGCGUAACGCACGCGAUCAAAAAUUCGGCUUCGGUGGCCAAGGUCGGAGGUCAAAACAAAAUACCAAAGCUUCCACGGACAAUUUCGAUUCUGUACCAGGAAAAAGAGGAGGACAUGGACCAAAGGCAGGAAGAGGAGGUGCAGGAGGUAGUAAGAGGCCAGGGAAAAGUAAACGCGUCGCCUCCAGGAGUCGUAAAUAA